ACUCCCCGCCGCAGCCUGGCUCUUGCGGGCCUAGCGCGCCGGCGGAGGUUUCCAUGGAGACCGAGGCCGGGCCUGGGAGGCCUGCCGGCGUUGCCAUGGAGACAGCUCCCGGGCUGGGGUUCUGCAGCCCCGGCGCGCAGUUGGUUCAGAGCCCCGGGGAGGUGCCGCGCGAGGCCGGGGCGGCGGCCGCACGCUGGGACCCGCGGAAGCACUCCUUACUCAUCGUGAUCGGAGACAUCGGCACCGAGAGCCAGCUCCGGGCCGUUCGGGUCCACCUGGAACAAGGAAUUCUUUCAUGGAACAUUGACUUAUCCCUCUGCAACCUGAAUCAGCAGCUGAGACUCUUCAUUACCCGGCACUUAGCUCAUUUCUCCUCAGAGGUCAAAGGCCAGCGGACCCUCUGUCAUCAAAGUGAGACCCUCGAGACCGUCAUCCUAGUAAACCCCAAUGCAGGGAGCAUCAGCUCUGAGGUGUACUCCCUCCUUAGCAGCCCAUCAGCUCACAAGCUGCUGAUCUUGAGUGGACAGAGUUCAGAGCCCGGUGGAGACCUCAUUCUACAGAGUGGCACCUACUCCUAUCAGAAUUUUGCCCAGGUCCUUCACAAUCCAGAGGUCGCACAACUGCUCAGCAACAGAGACCCCAGCGUUCAGGCCUCCCUCACUGUGUCGUGCUUGGGUGAGGGUGACUGGAGCCGCCUGGGCCAAUACAGCUCCCAGGAAACCUUGCACCUUCGGCUAAACCCAGAGCCCACAUUGCCCACCAUGGAUGGUGUGGCUGAAUUUGCAGAAUAUGUCUCUGAAACUGUGGAUGUGCCGUCUCCCUUUGACCUGCUGGAGCCCCCCACUUCUGGAGGCUUCCUCAAGCUUUCCAAGCCCUGCUGCUAUAUCUUCCCUGGCGGACGUGGGGACUCCGCUCUCUUUGCUGUCAAUGGUUUCAACAUCCUCGUGGACGGCGGCUCUGACCGGAAGUCCUGCUUCUGGAAGCUGGUGAGACACCUGGACCGCAUUGAUUCGGUCCUGCUCACUCACAUAGGUGCAGAUAACCUGCCUGGCAUCAACGGGCUCCUGCAACGCAAGGUGGCAGAGCAGGAGGAGGAGCAAAGCCAGGGCUCCAGCAGCUACAGCGACUGGGUCAAGAAUCUCAUCUCCCCGGAGCUCGGGGUGGUCUUCUUCAAUGUCCCUGACAAGCUGCGCCUGCCCGACGCUGCCCGAAAAGCCAAGCGGAGCAUUGAGGAGGCCUGCUUGACCCUGCAGCACCUGAACCGUUUGGGCAUCCAGGCAGAGCCGCUGUACCGAGUGGUCAGCAACACCAUCGAGCCACUGACCCUGUUCCACAAAAUGGGUGUGGGCCGGCUGGACAUGUACGUGCUUAAUCCCGUCAAGGACAGUAAGGAAAUGCAAUUCCUCAUGCAAAAGUGGGCCGGCAACAGCAAGGCCAAAACAGGCAUCGUGCUGGCCAAUGGGAAAGAGGGGGAGAUUUCGGUACCCUACCUGACUUCCAUCACGGCCCUGGUGGUCUGGCUCCCGGCCAGCCCCACGGAGAAGAUCGUGCGGGUGCUCUUCCCAGGGAACGCUCCCCAGAACAAGAUCUUGGAGGGGCUGGAGAAGCUUCGCCACUUGGACUUCCUCCGCUACCCUGUGGCCACCCAGAAAGACCUGGCCUCAGGGUCCAUCCCGGCCAACCUGAAGCCCAGUAAGAUCAAACAGCGGGCCGACAGCAAAGAGAGCCUCAAAGCCUCUGCCAAACCCGCCGUGGGAAAGCUGGCCAAGCGAGAGGAGGUGCCUGAAGAAGGGGCUAAGGAGGCCCGCUCAGAGCUGGCCAAGGAGCUAGCCAAGAGUGAGAAGCGAGCCAAGGAGCCCCCAGAGAAACCUCCAGAGAAGGCGGCCAAGACCGACAGGGUUCGCACUGAGUCCAGUGAAGUGCUGAAAGCUGAGAAGAGGAAGCUGAUCAAAGAUAAGACUGGGAAGAAGCACCUGAAGGAGAAGGUGUCAAAACUGGAAGAGAAAAAGGACAAGGAGAAGAAAGAGAUUAAGAAGGAGAGGAAGGAGAUCAAGAAGGAGGAGGGGAAGAGAGAAGAGAAAAAGGAUGCUAAGAAGGAGGAUAAGAAGAAAGACGCUAAGCCAGAACCCAAGAAAUUUUCUAAGCCAGACCUGAAACCCUUUACUCCUGAGGUACGAAAGACACUUUACAAAGCUAAGCUUCCAGGAAGGAUCAAGGCAGACAAGAGUCGAGGGGUCCGUGAAAAAGAGGCCUCCCUUGAACCCCGGACACCGCCAGCCCAGAAGGAGGCGGCACCCCCGCCGGUAGUCACCGCGCCCAGGGAGCUGGUCUUAUCCUCCCCCGAAGACCUCACCCGGGACUUUGAGGAGAUGAAGCGUGAAGAGAGUGUUUUGCUGGAGCAAAAGGACAGUGACCUGGAGGUGAGAUCUCAUCCUCCUGAAACUAGGGAAGAAGGGCUGUCCAGCAUGGCGGGUCUGGAGGUUUCGCCUUCUGGACCGGCCGUGGAUCAGGAUGAGGCUGUGAAGGGAGAGAAAGACGUUGCCCUGGACAUCCCCGGAGGGCCCACCUGCAAGGUCGGGAGCCCUGGUUCUGGGACCCAAAAAGAGGGGGCUGAAGAUGCUGGGGAGGUUCAGCGUGGGAAGCAAGUGGAAGCCGAGAGGUUUCUAGAAGGAACAGAUGCCAGAGAGGAGAGCGAACCAGAAAUAAAGGAGGAUGUGAUUGAAAAAGCUGAGCUGGAAGAGAUGGAAGAAGUGCAUCCUUCAGAUGGAGAGGAGGAAGAGGAGGAGGAGGAGGAGACAAAGGCUGAGGGUUUAUUCCAGAAGCAGCACCAUCUGCAGGACUCUCUGAGGGUCACCUCCCAGGGCAGGGAGGCCCUUGGGGGUCGGGAACUUGGACCCCCGGGUAAGGCCCCUGAGAAGGAGACGUCAUCGUUCCUCAGCAGCCUGGCUACUCCUGCAGGAGCCACAGAGCAUGUCUCAUACAUCCAGGAUGAAACCAUCCCCGGCUACUCAGAAACAGAGCAGACCAUCUCAGACGAGGAGAUUCAUGAUGAGCCGGAGGAGCGCCCCGCCCCAUCCAGGUUCCCUCCGGGUACCUAUGAUCUCUCAGGGCCUGAUGCUCCCAGCUCCUUUGAGACCAGCCAGCCCAUGGAGAGCGCCAUACCUUCCACCCCUGCUAAAGGCUUCGGGCCCCCAGACACCGAACUCCUCACUUACCCCCCCAACAUGGUGGCCGCCCCCUUGGCUGAAGAGGAGCACGUGUCCUCGGCCACGUCCAUCACUGAGUGUGACAAGCUGUCCUCCUUUGCCACGUCGGUGGCCGAGGACCAGUCAGUAGCCUCCCUCACGGCUCCCCAGACCGAAGAGACGGGCAAGAGCUCCUUGCUGCUGGACACGGUCACCAGCAUCCCUUCGUCUCGCACCGAAGCGACUCAGGGCCUAGACUACGUGCCGUCCGCCGGUACCAUCUCCCCCACCUCCUCCCUGGAGGAGGACAAAGGCUUCAAGUCUCCGCCGUGUGAGGAUUUUGCGGCGCCCAGUGAGGAGAGGAAGGGCGAGGCCCCGGGAAGAGGCCUGCCUGCAGAUGGAGAGGAGGCAGCUGAGGCCACCGGUGUGGCGCUGUCAGAGAAGCUGCAGGAUCACUAUGGGCCCCCACUCUUCGACACGCCUGCACCCACUCUCCCCUCGGGGGAGCCGAUCCUCGGGGAGCCGGAGGAGCGCUGCUUCAGUCCCGACGACAGCACCGUCAAGAUGGCGUCCCCGCCCCCGUCGGGCCCCCCCAGUGCCGCCCACACGCCAUUCCACCAGUCUCCAGUGGAGGAUAAGUCUGAACCUCAGGACUUUGAUGAGGCGGUUUCCUGGGGAGAAGCUGGACGGACACCAGGAGUUGGCAAGGAAGACAGUGCUAAGGAAAAGCCCAAAUUGGAAACGGUGGAAAGAGAACCAGAAAAGGAGAAAGAGCACACCCCGCUCCCCAAGAGCCCUCACACCCAGGAGGCAGCUGGGAGCGGGGGCCCAGAGCUGCCAGAGCAGGACAAAACUGCCGCAUCAGAAACCGUGGAGGUGCCAAAGAGCCCAGACUUGAUUCCUAGGACCGAGAGCCUUCCUGGAGGUCCGCGGACAUCCCUCCCAGAGGCAGAUGGGAUCCACGAGGAUGAGCCUCCCCACAUCUCUAGCCAAGUCCCCUCACCAGAAGACGUUGAGCCUCUCCCCAUAGCCAAGGCAGUUUCCCCAGGCUCUGCCAGCAAAGGACCUGCUUCCCAGUCUCCUCAAGGCUUGGUAGAACACGGCCUGCCCAAGGACCACUGGCCAGAAGUCUCCCCCGAGGAUACCGGGUCCCUUUCUCUCUCAGAGGAGAGUCCCAGCAAGGAGACCUCCCUAGACAUCUCCUCCAAGCAAUUGUCCCCAGACAGUCUGGGUACUCCCCAGCUUGGGGAUUUGGGCCACGAAAAGGAAGAAUCCAUCCCUGAAGCCCUGGAUGAGCACGGUGCUCAUCGCUCGCCUCCUGCCUCUGACCACUCGGCCAUAGGGUUUUCUCUCUCAGAAUCCUCCCCCACCCACACGGCUCGGACCCCCGUCACAGAUGACAGCCCCAUCAAAGAGACACCUGCCAGUCACUCCUCUCACACCGAGGUGCCCAGAGACUCGGAACUUUCUCCUGGAAUGACCACAGGCCCCGGGCAGGACACUAAGGUCCCAGACAGCUCUCUCACCAAAGGUCCCAAGCCCCCUGAGAGCCUAGUUGUGAAAGAUAGCCCCCCAGGGUGGGAGGGUGAGGCUCCAGGGCAGGACAUCAAGGCCCAGGAACAGAAAGAGAAAUCCCCAGAACCUGAGGAUGAGGCUCUGGAGCAGGAGGAGACCUCUGAAAAGGACAAAAUACUGGAAGAAAAAGACAAGGCUCUGGUAAAAAAGGACAGAGACCCGGAGAAGGGCCAACCCCUAGAGGAGGAGCAGGCCCUGGAGAAGAGCGGAGAACUACAGGAGUACAAGGGUCAGGAGAAGGACAAAGCCGGAGUGGAGGCCCUGAAAGAGGACAGGGUCCAAGAAGGGGAGCAAAGAGCCUUAGAGGGAGACAGGGACUUAGAGCCCAAGAGCCCAAUGAGGGAGGAGAGAGCCCCAGCAGAAAAGGACAAGGCCCUAGGAGACAAAGACUUAAAAUCGACAGAUGUGGCCCCAAAGCAGGCAGAAACACAGGAAGGAAGUGGGGUCCUGGUAGAAGACAACCAGGCCCUGGAGGAGAAAGAGAAGACCAGGGUCUCCAUCUGGGAAUACAAGUCCCAAGAGCAGAAGGAGGAACACUGGACCAAACAGGAAGAGGUGAGCCGAGAAUGGCAGGGCACAGCCCCGGCCAGGGAGGCUGCAGUGGGAGAGCAAAAGGAGGCUGCUCCCAGGUGGGAAGGCGCUGCCCGAGAGCCUGACAGGUACUGGCAGGAACCCGAGGAUGAGGUGGCGGAACAGGAGACAUACUGGAAAGAACUGAGCUGCGAGAGAAAGGUCUGGUUCCCACAUGAACUGGACAGGACCCCGGGCCAAGGGGCCCGACCACGGUACAGCGAAGAACGGGAGAGCACCUUCCUCGAUGAGGGUCCAGAUGACCAAGAGGUGCUCCCCCUGGAUCAUACGCCCAGGAGCCCCUGGAUCCCAGAAAAGAGUUUGAGCCACCCAAGGGUUUUUGGUGGGUUUGGGUUCCCGAGAAAAUUCCUGAGUGGAAGAAGGGGUAAAUGUGGGAAGGACCUGGACUUUCCUGCCUCAGCCUUUGGCUUCUCCUCGUUGCACCCAUCUGCCCCACAGCUGCCCUCCCCAGCAGAGCCUCGCUCCGCACCCUGUGGCUCCCUUGCCUUCUCUGGGGAUCGGGCAUUAGCUCUGACCCCAGGACCCCCAACGAGGGCACGGCAUGAUGAGUACCUGGAGGUGACCAAGGCCCCCAGCCUAGACUCCUCACUCCCCCAGCUCCCGUCCCCCACCUCUCCCGGGGCUCCUCUCCUGUCCAAUUUGCCCCGGCCCGCCUCACCGGCCCUUUCGGAGGGCUCCUCAUCCGAGGCUACCACGCCUGUCAUCACCAGUGUGGCUGAGAGCUUCCCCCUAAGCUUGGCAGCUGGGGAGAUGGAAACAGGAGCAGAAGCAGCGGGCCGAAGCCUCUGGGACCUAACGGCCCUCAGCCCGGCCCCGCCAGCCACCCUGAGCCCUGCCCCUGCCCCUGGCCUGCCUGGGGACAUGGAUGAUGGCACCCUGCCCUGCCGCCUGGAGUGCUCUGGAGCUGUCACCAAGGCCCUGGGAUCCUGCUCAAGCCCACCCAGGGACUGCGCAGCUAACGGUCCCACAGAGGCCAGCCCCAGCCCCCCGGGGCUCGCCACAGCCAAAGAAGUCCAGGAGAAAGCCGAGCUUCGCCCCGACUGGGAAUGUGGAGGCUGGCCCGCAGGAGCGGAGAAGUGCCCCCGGCCAGCCACGCUCUUAUCUCCAGAGCGGCCCUUGUGUCCCGGAGGCCCCACGAGGAGCCGGCCUCGCAGUCCCUCCCCUGAGCCGGAGUCUGGGCCCCAAGGAUGUGCUGCCGAGCCUUGGCCCCGCUGUGGAGAGCUGUCCCCAUCCUUUCUCAAUCCUUCCCUGCCCAAGGACGACAGCGAUCUUUCUACCGAAGAGGCACGGUUAGUUGGGCGAGGGGGACGGCGCAGGGCGGGGGGGCCAGGAGGCGCUGGGGGACCAGGCCCCGUGGCUGAUGAGACACCUCCCACUUCUGCUAGUGACUCGGGCUCCUCACAAUCAGACUCAGAUGUCCCCCCAGAGACUGAGGAGUGUCCCUCCAUCACCGCUGAAGCAGCACUGGACUCGGACGAAGAUGGCGACUUCCUCCCCGUGGACAAAGCGGGGGGAGUCAGCGGGGCACACCAUCCCCGACCUGUCCACGACCCACCCCCCGCUCCCCAGCCUGACCCCCGCCCACCCCCUCCACGCCCAGACGUGUGCAUGGCUGACCCCGAGGGGCUAAGCGCCGAGGCUGGGCGGGCUGAACGGCUUCGGGAGAAGGAGAAGGGGCGGAGUGGGCGAAGGGCCCUAGGCAGGGCCAAGCCAGCCUCCCCUGCCAGGCGUCUGGAUCUCCGAGGCAAACGCUCUCCUACUCCUGGGAAGGGCCCUGUGGAGCGAACCUCCCGAGUCCCACCUCGGCCCCGCGCCUCCGCAGGCCAGAUGCCAUCUUCCGAAGAAAAGGACGGACACAACAUUCUGACCAAGGGACUGGUCAAUGGCCUCAAGACUGGUUCGACUGCCGUGGGCCAGAAAGGUGGGUCGGGCCCUCCGGUGUACGUGGACCUUGCUUACAUCCCUAAUCACUGCAGUGGCAAAACUGCUGAUCUUGACUUCUUCCGCCGUGUGCGGGCGGCUUACUAUGUGGUCAGUGGGAAUGACCCCGCCAAUGGAGAGCCAAGCAGGGCCGUCCUGGAUGCCCUGCUGGAGGGCAAGGCACAGUGGGGAGAGAAUCUGCAGGUGACUCUGAUCCCUACCCAUGAUACAGAAGUGACCCGUGAAUGGUACCAGCAGACACAUGAGCAGCAGCAACAGCUGAAUGUCCUCGUCCUGGCCAGCAGCAGCACUGUGGUCAUGCAGGAUGAGUCCUUCCCGGCCUGCAAGAUCGAGUUCUGAAGGGACCACUUUCCCCUCCCUUUCAUACCCCUUUCCCCAGCUUGCCCAGAGAAUGGCUGAGGCUGAAUCCUUUGGGAGUGGGGGGCUAUGGAGGCUGAAUGGGGCAAGAUGCUUGGGUUCUAGGGGCUGUUGAGUGGGAGGCAUCAUUCCUCCCCCCUCAUUAUACAAUGCCUCCUUCCCCUUUAUCCACAGACCUGAGAGAGGUCUCAGAACCAAAGCAUUUCCCCAGAACCAAAGGGAGCAGGGAGGUAGGGUAAGCUCAAAAUGGGGACGGGGAAGGCCACUUGUUGCCCAGGGACCUUGAGUAACUCACUUUCUUCCAGAACUGUCAAAAGCUGGGGUUUAGGAGUGGGAAUAUGUAUAGAACCCAGGAUUCUCAUGGAGAGCUCCAUCUUCUAGCAUGAAGAUCACUCCCCACUCCUGAGGGACCUCCUCACCUCAAAAGUAUUUAUUUUUCAUCCCAGGAUUUCCAAUUAUAAUUUAUUGUAUGACCUGGGGACAUGAUACUGUCGAUUAAAUGCCCAGAGCUACAACCCUGUCUCCUAUACCCCAAUUCUGGUAGGAGUCGGGGUUAUCUUGCUGCUACCCUGCCCCUAGGAUUUCUUCACAUCUGAAUGUCUCAAUCCAAAACUUGAAGCUCUUUUGACCAAUGGGCCAAACUGAGGAAGAGGGGAAGUUCUACUUUCCCCUAUCAGCCUCUGCCCCUCAUCGGUAGGCAGCAAAGGCAGGGAUCUUGCCUCUAAUCCUAUUCAUAUGCCAAGGGCCUAAUUCCCAGGCCAGGCCUGUUGGGCAGCAGAGGGGAUGAGGGAGGAACCAGACCAGCCCAAUCCCAGAGCUUUCCUGAGCCCCCUGGACUCCAUGGCAUAUUCCCUCCCAUGCUACUGCACAAACUUUUCCUGCUUGGCUUCUAUGCAUGUGGCCAUCUAUGCUGGCCUGGUGUGUAAUGGGUGAAAAUACGCCACUGCCUGAACCUUAACAUUUGACACCCCAACAUUGUGCAAUACCCCCCAACAUUUCCAAUACCCUACUUGCCCUCCUGUAGCUGAGAUGGGGAUACCUACUUCCUCCCUAGCCCAGAGUUCUCAGAAAUAAAGCUGGGAGGUGGAAGUCACAGCAGAGGAAGAGUGGGAUGAGAGAAGUGGGGAAUACAAGGGAGGAGGUGAAGCUAAACUACAGCUCAUCCUUGUAGGAUCAAAAAAGACUGAACAUGGCACCUUAGAAAAAGGGACUUCCCCUCCUCCCCCAGAAAGUCCAUGUGUUCCCCUGCUUGUCUGCUGCCAGAUUGUGAGGCCGAGACCCUGACACAGUUGGUUGAAUGGGCUUAGCUCCUAUCCUGAAGGGAAGAAACCAAAAUAAGUUAUUUUCCUUGCUCCUUUCCCUUGCUGCUCUGCUCUUCAUCCCUGCCCAACCUUCCUUCUGGCUCCUCACACUCAUCUUCCCACUGUUGUAAAGGAGCCACCCCGAACAUUAACAAUAAACCAACUUUGUGGCAGUUACCCCCUGGGCUGGCCAAGCUCUUGUUGACUUCACAUACUACUUGGUCUUUGGACUAGUUUCUCCCUCCCUACUCCUCCCUCCUUGCCCCUACUCCCAUGGGAAAUUUCAUGAUUCAUUAUAGAUUCAAAGGAGGGUGACCAGAAGCCUCCAAAAGAUCAUGUAUGUGCCAGGGGAGGGAUGAGAUGUCCUUAUGCCCCACUGUGCUGGUUUCAGAGAACAGGGAGAAGAGCUUAAGCACAGAAAACAAGAGUUUAUAGGAGGGAAAAACAGUCAAUGACAGCUUGAAGAGAAUUCCUAAGAAAGGGAUUUAAGAGUAAGGAAACAGGGACUAAUGGUUAAAAAUGAACUAGAAUUAAAGACUAGUUGUAGGGUCCCUCCCUAACUUCAAAAUUCGGAAUCUCCUAGGAUUCAGAUCCCACCGUGAAAAUUCACACCUACAAAACAGACUACAGUUCAGUGAGGAGCUGAGUAGGGUCCCCAGUGAAGCUGUGAUUAUAUGGGCCUAUUAUAAUAAGUGGUAAGACUGCAACAAGUAGGGAGAGGCUGCAGCUAUAGGAACUCUCACUAUCUUGGGGAUAGUUUCUAUACUUGGAUUGAAAGGUGACAAAAAGGGCAGAGUCUCUCCCCAAAAUAUUUCUUAAAGAAUCACAACCAAGUUCAGGGGUAAUGAUCCAGAGUAGGGUGAUUCCACAAAUCUAAUAAACUGUGUAAAAAAA